CCGAACCAAAAGAAGAACAACAAAUUGAAAACUUUUACCAACUCCUCCUCCUCCCUCAUCUCUACCAUUUCAGAAGCUAUUUUUUCCUAAAAAUAAAAAUAAAAAUAAAAUUCCAGAAGCUUUAAACUGAACUCCAUCAAUGGCGUCCUUUAUCAAAUCUUCAGUUCUCUCUCAUCUCCGAUCUCAUCCUCAGGGGAAAGAGAGUUUGUUUGCGCAGCCAAGCCGGAAGUUCCACAUCGACCUCGGCGAGCGUGAGAAAGCUCUGUUGGAAAAGGACCCAGCAUUGAGCCGGUUCAAGUCAAGUACACAGACUGUAAAGCGAAUUAAAAAAGUGGGGGAUGUUCUCACAAUCAUUGUUGUGGCUGGCUGUAUGUACGAGAUCUAUGUUAGGCUUACUACCCGAGAGAGCUCCAGGAAGCAGUAAAGCUGAAGUACACAAUGAAGCAUGAGUUUUUUUGUUACAUUCCUGUGAUUAUGUCUGGUUCUAUCUGGUUGCUACUUUGUACCUGAAUAAGUAGGCCCAACUAAGUCACCUUCAACUGCUAGUAGCAUACAUAAUUCUUUGGCACUUUGGCUCCUUUCUGUAUUCUGAAAUUUACAGCUUUUUCCAACAUCAAUCAUAAAUAGUUCUUCAGUUUGAAGUAUUGGAUGAACUGAUUAGUGCUUGUUUGCCAAAGAAAUAAUUUACAGAAUGAACGUGUUUCUGGUCUCUAUUAUUCAGCUUAUACAGUUUCGAACUCAUGGUUAAUGUUGAAUGUUA